UGUUUGACGAUAGAUACACAUUCAAAAUAUAAUCAGCUGUUUUUAUUGUAAAAUUAUCGGUUUGAUACAAAUUCUAGCCAAUCAGCUGGCUCAGAUUUCAGGUAUACACACAUUGUGAAAUAAAAUGUUUUUACUAAAUCAUUUCUCUUGGAGUAAAUUUAAAACAUGUGUGCUAACAAGAUAACGAUGGAUGUUGCAAUAGUCGGAAAAUGACAAAUUCUUGACUAUCUAAUCUAUCCGGUGGCAACCAAAUACAUCGAAACCGAUCGAAUACCAUGAGCAGCAGUCUCAGUUUACUAUCAUGCAUCGGAAGCGAUACUUUCCGGCGGAUCUCGUGUCACACCCAUUGCAUUAUGCAGCUCUACGCGGAUACUUUGACCAAGUCAAACAAUUGAUUGUUACGGGUUAUAAUGUAUACGAACCCAUUCAGGAUGGGGAAACUGCCGCUCAUGUUGCUAUUGUCGAAAAUCAACCGGAAGUGGCUAGAUUACUGUUGCAGGAAUACCGAAAAGAUUUCGAGUUUGUACAAGAGAAAAUAACACAAGAUUACCGAUGUGAUGAUAACAGUGAUUUUUUGUUGAAUAAAAGUAUCCUUCUAGCCGUGAAUGAUCAUCAACGUGAAAUGGUGGAGCAAUUGUGUGAACCGAUAUGUUUCAACAAUACGUUGAUGGAAGCAACACUGAUUCUCAUUAAACAACCAAAUGGAAGAAAAAAUCUGGUCGUUAUCCACAAAAAUACAAACAAUUAUUUGCAGCUCUUCAAGCUAGUUAAACAAUUAUUACCUAAUGGACUGCUGAGCUGGAAUAGUACUGGGCUGCAGGGGAAAUGUGAAACAUUCCUUCAACUGGUGGCAUAUCAUGGAAAAGCCGACCUUCUCGAAUUUUUAGUGUCCUGCGGAGCGAAUUUAUCCAAUGUUGGGUCUGGCAAACGAACUCCACUCCAUUCGGCAUGUGAAGCUUCCCAAAAUACCAUUGUUGAGAUUCUUGUUAGUAAAUAUGGCAAUAGUUUAGAUCUUACUGCGUUGGAUGAAAAUUGCGAACAUGCUUUACAUUACGUUCUGAAACGAAAAAAUAAAUACGUUUUCAAAUUGUUACUAGAUGCAAUGGUAGAUUAUCAGAAUCGGGCUUCUGGAGAUUCGAAAUCAGCCGCAUUUAAUUUUAUAUUCAAACUAGAAAAUAAGGAAUAUCCUAACACGAGCCUAUGGAGUCAGUUGGAUACUGUUUUCUGGGGCGAAAUGAUUGGCAUAGAACUAGAGCGUUACCAGUACGAUUUAUCUUACAAAUGGGAACAUGUUACGGCGUUGAUCGAUAUGGUUACGUACAAAAAAGCAAGAAAGUAUUAUUUGAGUCAAAUUGUACAAAAGCCAAAACUUUUAAAAGUGUCAAACAAAUACGGAUUUACUGUCCUGCAUGCAUUGAUCGGCUCGAAUGAAUUACACACAAUCGAAGAAUUAUACUCAGGAGUUCCAGACGUCAUGGAGUUAUUUGAAUGCAAUGCUGCUAUACCAACUCUAGCCGAACUAAUGAUGAACGGAUUUGCGGAUAUGACAUCGUUCGUUCUUGAACACCAUAAGGCUUUUUUCCAACAGAAAAUAACGGAUGUAUGCGAAAAAAUUGUGAUGGAGUAUACUGCACCGAAUUAUGAUGUCAUGUUUGGAAUGUUGCAAAAGUUUUUACCCGGUAUUGAAUCAUUUCUCGUACAAAGGAAAACAUGGUUGAACGAGAAUUCAUAUGCUGCCUUAAUAGAAUAUGACGAAAUGUACAACAAUUUACUUGACGAUUUUUCAACCACCAUGGAAAACCUCGAAAAAGUUGACAAAACAAUUAAUGAUUACAAUUCUUCCACUGGGAGAUGCUUCCUAAGCCGAGCAGUCCAGGAGAAUCAGCUCGAGCUGGUUGAACAAUUGCUGAAAGCCGGAAUAGAUUUUGAAUACACUGACACAGACGAACGACAUGCAAUCCAUUGGGUAAAAAGCGUGGAAAUGUUACAUCUGCUGACCUCAAAACAUCCCGAUGGUACGUCAUUAAUUCACCGUAAAGAUCGGAAUGGAAUGAACCUGUUGCAUGUGUUAUGUCCGGAUAAAACCAGCGACAGAGAGAAGCUAAUUUUGGAACUAUUGCGGCUUGGAGCAAGAAUAGACGAAAGAACUCAUGAUCAGGCAACCGUACUUUUUUUCACCUACGAUGAGGAAUUGUUUUGUUUUCUUACGGAAGAGCUUAAAUCAAAAGGUUUCCACGGCAUUGAUACGGAUCUAAGAGAUUUCGAAGGAAAAACGGCACUACACAUGCAAUUGAGACAUUGCAACAGUCAUAUUGCUUCGGUCAUGCUUCGAGCGGCGCCCAGUUGGGUUAGCUUCACCAACAAGGGGGACUCCUAUCUCUCAUACCUAAUUGGAUUUGAACCGGACUUGUUUGAUGUAGUAUUUAGACCAAUUCUGGAAAUGAAUCCCGAAAAAACUGAGCAGAUGUUCCGAGCAGAACUCAACGCAUCACGUGAUCGUUGCUCGGAGCUGUUCGUCAAAGCUUGCUUGCAAGGCAAUACUUAUUGCAUCGACAAAUUUUUGGAUAUGGAUCUUGAUUUUAAUAUUCGAGACUAUCGUGGAAUGGUAGGGUUAUUAACUCUGUUGGAUAGUAAUGAAUUGUUGCAGCCAAUGUUCGUUGAGCGUUUACUACAGAAGGAAGUUGAUGUAAAUCUGCAAGAUAAUGCUGGGCGAAAUGCUUUGAUGAUUCUUGGGCAGAACUACGCCAAAGCCAAAGAAAAAGGUUACUCUAUAGAAACGGUGAAGGAUCUUAUAAAUCGCGGAGCCAAAAUCGAUGAAAUUGAUCGCACCGGAGAGACAGUUUUGCAUUAUGCUUUUAAAUUGAUGGAGCUAGAUUUGAUUAAAGUUUUACUAGAAGCCGGUGCUAAUUUUAGGAUGAUGAGUAGCGUUGGUAAAGCACCAUAUGAAGUAGCACCCAGCGGAAUUUCGGAAUUGUUUUCAUUUUUAUGUUGAACAAUUAAAUGGAGAAGCAGUUUUUAACUAUGUGUGUAU